AUGGCUCCCGCGUCGCUCCCACCAGGCUCUGAUGGCAGCCAGCACAAGGACUUCACCCGUGCCCUGCCAUUCCAGCUGUCCAUGGCCAUCCUGGGUAAAGCUGCUCUGAUUUUCCAGGGCUUUCCCCUAAGGGGAAGGAAAGGUUUCCAGAGGGGAUCAGCCAACCUGUCCUUUAACUUCCCAGGGCUUUUGGAUCAGAAAUCCCUGGAUGCCUGCUCUGCUGUGAAUGGUCACUGGGCGUUCCUGGUCAGGCGGGCCCGGGAGGACAAGGCGUGUCAGAACACAGUCCAGAAGAACCUCCUGCAGAUGCAGGAGUUGUGUCCUAGAAAAACCAUGCCAAACUAUGCUAAAAGAGUCGAUGUGCAAAUUCCCCAGCUGAACGAUGAGGGUGAGGUCACUGAAGUGAAGGACAAGGAGCAGAAGAAGAGGCGUAAAUCCAAGACAGAGGAUUUGGGUCUGCAGGAAGCCUAUCGGGAACUGAAAACUGACAAGAUCGAGCUGGAAGAGAGGAAUGUCUUCUGUGGCCCCUACAAGACCCGUGUCCUCAUGGAGCAGUGUGACAGCACAAGGAGAGCCCACUACAGCGGUGGGCACUGGGUGGCUGCUGGCAGCAGGAGGCUGAGGCUGCUCCGAGUGCCGGGAGGGAAGGAGGAGCUGCUGCUGCACAGCCACGCCGGGCUCAUCAGAGCCCUGUGCCUGCGCGAGGACAGAGGGAUCCUGCUCAGCAGCGCCAGCCUGGAGCUCAGCAUCAGGUGCUGGAAUAUUCACAGUGGGGCCUGUGUGAGAACCUUCACGGGUCACUAUGCGACCAUCAGCUGCCUGCAUUCCCACCAGGAGCACCUGGUGUCAGGAGCUGGGGAUGGUAUGGUGAAAGUGUGGAGCCUGGAGAGUGGGAAAUGCCUCAGGACCCUGAUGCACAGCAGCCCUGUGGAGGCAGUGAGGAUGGACGGGACCCACGUGGUCAGUGGGGGCCACCGAGGGCUGGUGAAGGUCUGGAGUGCUGAGACAGGGGCUCUGAUCAAGACAUUAGAGAGGCACCAAGGCCCAGUUCUCUGCUUGUCCUUUGACCAGUGGCACCUCGUCACAGGGGGCAGUGAUGGAUAUGCCCUGGGAUGGAGCAUGCUGGGAAAAUUCAGGAGAUGCCUGAUGGCUUUCUUCCAUCCCAAGGAAGUGCUGUCCCUGGAGUUCCUGUACCUCCGAGUCAUCAGUGGCUGUGCUGAUGGAUGCAUUCGGAUAUUCAACUUCCUGACUGGCACCUGCCUCCGAGUGCUGGAGCCCGGCGGCAGCGGGGACCCCGUGUCUGCUCUCUGUGUCGCAGGAAACAGGGUGGUGACCAACUCCCCCAGCAGGCUGCUGCUGCUCCAGUUCGAGGAGGUGGUGUGGGACUAUUCCCUGCCCGCUGACAGAGAGGUGCCGAAGCAGGACAGGAGGUCCCAGAAAGGGAAGCGCCAGGGCACCAGUGCAGAGCCGCAGCGAGCUCCAGACAAGUCCCCAAAAUCUCGCCAGAGACCAAAGAGCCUUGGAAAACCCAAAAGUGAUGAAGCUGAACAUGGCUCUGCUUCCCCUGCAGCUGAGGAGGCAGAGGCCACUGUGGAGUGCGAGCUGCCCCAGAGAGACCCAAGGAGUCCCAUGUCCCCCGACAAGUUCCUGCUGACCAUCGGCACGCUGCAGAGCUCCUGCAGGGCCGGCGGUGGCAGCCGCAGCCCCAGCCUGCUCUCUGCCAGGGCCAGGGCAGCCCAGCAGCAGCAGCAGCGGCGCCCCGGGCAGCUGCCGGUGCCCAGGACGGCCCUGCAGCACCAGGAGGAGCGGGCAGCCCAGCUCCGGCGCGCCAGGCUGCACAGCCAUUCGCGGGCUGUGACAAAAACCUCAACUCCCUUUGAAACCAAACUGCUGCUGCUCAGGCUGGAGAACUCUCUGCACAGCCCCGCUGUAAAAUCCUCCAUCCCUGCUCCCCGUGUUGUACGUCCCAAGCUCUGUGGCUCUCUGGGAAAAUGGAGAACUCCCAGUGGCCGUGGGAAAGACACUCCUGGUCCCAAAGACAGGCAUCAGCUCAUCAAUCUCUGCGCAGCUUCUUCAGAGCUGAUCCAACCAACGCCUGGCACGGCUGCAGAGAUGAGGAAUGGAGGUCCCAGGAGAAUAAAGCCCUCCUGUGCCUACACUUCCCGCAGGAACAGUGGGCUCAGGCUCCUGACAGCGGAGCAGGAGCUGCGUGAGGCAGCUGUGGCAGCUCAGCACCAGGCACAGCAGGCAAAGCCCACAGAACACAAAGACAGAGCCAGAAGGAAAGCCUGGCUGAGGAAAAUUAAAGGCCUACCUGUGGAUUCUUUUACUGGGGAGAGGAAAACACCUGCUCCAGAACUUGGGCAUAACACAUUUAUCUGA